AUGUUCUUCGCCCAGCCCGACUGCCCCGCGAGGUUCGCCCACCACGACGAGCACCGCAUUAGGGGCCUCAACGCUGAGGCUAUCGCCCGCGUCCUCCUGCCGGUGCCCUCGUGGCUGCUCGAGGCCGACUACGCACCCCUCCGGGCCGAGGGCGACGACCUGGGCCCCUCUCUCUUCUUUAGCCUAAACCUCUCUAUCUACGGCCAGCCAAUCGUCGACACGGACUGGUCCGAGCAAUGGUUCUUUAUGAGCGGCCGCGUUCACCCCUACGCCCUCGCCUGGGAGGUGGAGCGCCGCGACGGUCUUGAGGCCGGCCCAGACGAUACCGUCCUCUACACGGUGCCCGCCCUUAUCGUCCGCGACCAAGGCUACCAGCCCGUCCUCCCACGCUCCUUGGCCUCUGGCGGCCAGUUCCCGUCUACGCAUCCUGUUGUCUCCUUCCAUGGCGUCAUCGCCGGGCCUGGCCUUGACCUCCUGCGUGGAGACUUCCUGCCAGGUCUCGGGCCCGACCAGCUCCGCUCCUGCGGCUUCGUCCGGCUCACUACCUACAUCGCCCCUGGCCUGCCGGACCGGAUUCCCUUUAAGGGCUACCACCCCUUCCAGGUCUUUGUUAUCUUUCCCAUCUAUGCUAACCCUUGGGCCGUGCUAUGCAAGAAAAUUGCUGAAAGGCCUAACUCUUCCUUCCUGCCCGGCGUCCCUUUACCUGCACUGGAAAGGUCGUCGGCCUUCUCGACCACCGUCUUAUGCUCUGCCCCGGGCUCAGAGCGCGAUUACGUCUUUAUCGUCGUCCCGGACAGCUGGAACUUUGUCGACAGGCCCUCGGCGGCCGCCUCCGCCUCGGCUUCCCCGCUACGCCCCUUAAACCAGCAGAAUUCGCCGCCUUCCUCGUCUUCGGACACCGUCAGCUCCGCCGCCCCUCCUCCUCUCCCCGCCGGCCGCUUCUUCGUCUCGACCGAGCGGCGUCCCGCCGUUCCGCUCCUGCAGCCAAGCCGGGUCUCCCUCUUGACUCUAUUGUCGCGAGCACCUCCGACCCGCCCGCUCGACCUAUCCGCUAUCGCAUGCAGAAAUGAGCUGCCUACUAUAAACCUAUCGCUCUCUUACGCCUCUUGCCUUUACUAA